ACCACUUAUACUCGAUAUCAUUUACAUCACCCCAUAGUUUAUUUGAAUCUUCAAUUAUUUUUAUUUUUCUGUCUAGAGAGCCAAAGCUUUUUUGAGGAUGUCGUUGAGUUUCUCCAGAAGAGUGUGAGAUGGGAACACCUGAAAUUCCUGCUCGAAGACAAACCCUGGGAGAAUUUUGUGACUGAGGCCAGUUUGUCCAGGGAAGACGCAGAUGUACUCCGUGAACAUCUGAUCAAGCUGCUAACAGACUUGGCCAGGGAGGACCCAGACAGGCUCCAAAAAUACCAGCAGGAAAAGGAGAGGUUUUUGAAGGAGUUUCCUCAGGUAAAACAGGAGCUGAAGGAGAGCAUAAAAAAGCUCCGUGAGCUCGCAGACCAUGUUGACAAGGUGCACAGGGACUGCACCAUCUCCAAUGUGGUAGCCUCCUCCACCGGCAUUGCGUCUGGCACCCUGAGCAUCCUUGGCCUGGUUCUGGCACCCUUCACAGCGGGCCUCAGUCUGGGACUCUCAGUCACUGGAAUAGGGCUGGGAGCAGCAGCUGCUGUGACAGGUGUGUCCACCAUGGUGGUGGAAAAGGUAAACAUGUCAUCAGCAGAAACCCAGGCCAGUCUCCUUGACACAGCCCAAAUAAUUUCCUAUGGCUUGGAUCUCUAUGAAGUUAAAGAC